CAGCGGCCUAGUAGGCCGACGAGGCCUUCCCUGAGGAGAGCGAUUCGACUUCUUCUGGCACCGCUGAGGGAAGCUGCGCUCGGGCCGGGCCGGCUCGGCGGGGCCGGCACCCCCAGGCCGGUCGGCGCUCCUCCUCCCCAGGCGGGGACGAGCGAGGCGGGCAUCGCAUUGUGACGGAGGGCGCCGCGAUCCCGCCCCGCACGGCCCAGGGAGGCCCCCUCCGGUUGCAGCAGCCGCCGCCGCGCCGCCUCUGCUUCUCCCCGGCUGCGGGAAGGGAGCGCGGGCCGUGCCUGGGGGCGGCGGCGAUGGCGGAAGCUCCGCGGCCGGGCCCCCAACCGGUCGGGCAGCAGCGGCGGACCGAGGCGGCGGGGCGAUAAGGCGGCCCCACGCGACUGCCCUCUUCUCCUCCUCCUCGCUGCCCCUUCGCUCCAGAGACGGACAGGCGGCGGCGGCGGCGGCGGAGGGGUCUCGGGGAUGGCGGCCCUGGGCCCCCCUCAGCCACCGCCCUCGCGGCUGGGCCCGCGGCUCCGGGCCGCCGCGGAGGUGGCGCUGCGGGUGCCCAGCCUCUUCUUCAUCGACGCCAUCUUCAACUCGGCCCCGGUGCUGGCCGGAGACUCCCUGUGGGCCGGCCUCCUAGGGGGGCUGCUGCGGCUGCUGGGCGUCCUCGUAUCCAGCGUCAUCCUCGUUCUUUCACAAAGAUCCCUUUUCCAGUUUUAUAUGAUCAGCUCUGCAUUUCUGCUCGCCGCAACAUCCGUGUUGGUGAACUAUUACGCUUUUUUGCACAUAAACUUCCACAGUGCCUAUGACACAAAUGAAGCGUUUGGAUUCCAGAUGCUGCCUCACAAAGGACCUUCCCUGUGGAUGGCACUCUCUAUUCUCCAGCUUGUCUUUGGAAUUGGCUACGUUGCACUGUUAAACAUCCAGUCCCUAUACUCCCAACUGAUCAUACUGGAUUUAUUGAUUCCUGUCGCAGGCUUGAUCAUCGAAUUACCUAUACACGUCAGGCAGGUUUUAGUUUUUAUCUCAGGCUUCGUGUUGACAUUUUAUACUCUGGCCAUUUUACUGUCCAAAAUGAAACGGUUCUACUACUCCACACGGUAUGUCUAUCUCCUCGUAAGGCACAUGUACCGCAUUUAUGGAUUACAGUUGCUGUUGGAAGAUACAUGGAAAAGAAUUCGUUUUCCAACCGUGUUGCGUAUCUUUUGGCUAACCAGACUUACGGCCCAGGCUGCCGUGCUCACUUAUGUCGUCUGGAUGGCAGAAGCUGAUUCAGACGUGAAAUCCCGCAUGAUUUCUUGGGAUAAUUUCUGGGAAGUUCUUUGCAGCCUUAUCAUCGGCGGGUGUGAUUCUACUUUAACUGUAUUAGGCAUGAGUGCUGUCAUUUCCUCCAUUGCUCAUUACCUGGGGCUCGGCAUUUUGGCCUUUAUCGGUUCUACUGACGAAGACGACAGGAGACUUGGUUUUGUGGCCCCCGUCUUAUUUUUUAUUUUGGCUCUGCAAACUGGUUUAAGUGGGCUCAAGCCAGAAGAGAGACUAGUGCGCUUGAGUCGAAACAUGUGCCUUUUGCUAACUGCAGUCCUGCAUUUUAUCCAUGGAAUGACUGAUCCUGUCCUGAUGUCCCUGAGUGCCUCCCACGUGUCCUCCGUCCGCAGACACUUUCCCGUACUCUUUGUCUCAGUUUGCCUCUUUGUUCUUCCAAUUUUGCUCAGUUACAUCCUUUGGCACCACUAUGCACUAAACACGUGGCUGUUCGCGGUGACAGCCUUCUGUGUGGAACUCUGCCUGAAGGUGAUCGUUUCAAUCACUGUGUACGUACUGUUCAUGAUCGAUGGCUACUAUAAUGUCCUAUGGGAAAAGCUUGAUGAUUACGUCUAUUACGUUCGAUCGGCGGGCAAUAUUAUUGAGUUUAUAUUUGGACUAAUCAUGUUUGGGAAUGGUGCUUACACCAUGGUAUUUGAAUCAGGAAGCAAAAUCCGGGCGUGUAUGAUGUGUCUGCAUGCCUAUUUCAAUAUCUACUUGCAAGCCAAGAACGGGUGGAAAACCUUCAUAAAUCGCAGGACUGCGGUUAAGAAAAUCAACUCGCUUCCUGAAGUCAAAGGAGAGCGCUUAAAUGACAUAGACGACGUGUGUGCAAUCUGCUACCACGAAUUUACGACGUCUGCUCGUAUUACUCCAUGCAAUCACUACUUCCAUGCACUUUGCCUUCGGAAAUGGCUCUAUAUACAAGACACUUGUCCCAUGUGCCACCAGAAAGUUUAUAUUGACGACAAGGAGAACACCAAUGCGUCAAACAAUAACGGCUUUGUUGCACGCGAUGAAAAUGAACCUAAUGAAAAUCUUGAAGACAGUGAUGGUACUGACAGUGAGGAGGAGGAAGAGACCGAUGGCUUGACUUAGUUCUUUGUUGCAGUUCUCUGAACAUCAGGUGUGUUAAUAUUGACAUUCAACAAUGGAAUAAAAGUUUCACUUCAUCAAUGUGUAUCUAAGCACAAGAACAGUAUCUCUCAAAAUGUUGAAUCUGUGGAUGGGUUGUCAAUUUACUGUGAUGUGCUACUGUAAAUAUACCUCCAAUUACUGUUGGUCUCUUUUGUGACCAUGUUAAAUUUUAUGUACAUUAUUGUACAUGGAAUAAAAAUGUUUUUGCUUAUUUUUUAACAAAAAAAGAUGAACAAAACACUUCUUAAUUGGUAGUACAAUUACAGUGUGAAAGCGUUUCAGAAAGUUCCUGCAGAUCGGUUAAUUUUAGCCCGGGAUUUUUUAAGAUGCCCUGAUUCAUUUUCGGGGUUUCAAGAAGGUACCAUGUAGAGCAAAUACAAAAAAAUUAAACAUCUCGUUUAAAACCUUACCAAAGCAUCAUUCCUGUCUUGACGGAAAAAAAGUAAAGUUUUAAGGCUGAUCUCAACAGUGUUUACUGAUGCUACUUAGCAUUCGUGGAGAGGAGAAAUGUGAACAGCCCCUCCCCCCAAUACAUGUGGCAUGCUUAUACAUCCUCAUUUUCAUUUGAAUGAGGAAAAAUCUGCAUUUUAAGUUAACAGAUUAGCACAAUCAGAAUUUACUUCACCCUAAGAGAGUGAUAAACCAUUGAAACUUAACUGUCAUUUUAAAACUGACUGCAGGAAGGAUGACCAUUCAAAAGAGCUUUUCACCACAUUUCUAAAUUAGUCGACAAUCAGUUGCAUGGGAAACUUUAUUUCACGUAAUAGAAUUAGCAGGCCUUAUAACAAUACAUAACACUUUACAUAUCUGGAAAGAAGAUUUUAAUACUGUUGUUGUACAUGGUAUUGGCCAGUUCAAGUGGAUCUUCUUCCCGUACUGCUGCUAUAAUUUCCAGUAUUUGGCUAGAAAGGGAAAAUCUUAUUAGAAUACAGCUUAUUGAAGACAUUAAUGGCACUGCAUUGCUUAUGCUCAUAAAUAAUAAUUUUGAUCAAGGUUAUUCAAAUUGUAUAAAUAUUUUUGGGCAGGGAUUUUUUAAAAAUCAUCCAGGCUACAGCUUCAACAACAAAAUGUUGUUACAUUAGUUGUUUGUAUACAGAAAUUCCCAAGAUGCACUUCGAUACAAAUGGGCACUCAGAUCUUUGGCUAUGCCGUAUAGUGCUGAAGGCAUGAAGUGGGGGUGAUGGUAUUCUGUCUGCAUCAGCCAAAUGUUAUGACGGCCAUAAGAGUGCAGAUCCUAGUGGGGAAAAGCCAGGGCAUCUGUUACUAGCUCAGGGUGUCUAGCAGUGCACUCCAAGGCAGUGAAACCAAUCUAAGUCCAUUGAAGUCAAUGGGCUAAGAAGGCAAUUACUCUGUGUAAGAUUACACUGUGGUGAAUAUUCCCAUCAGGUUGGUUUGCUUUCAUUUGAUCACUGCAUCAGGUGACUGUUUUAUUCAGUUUGUGAAAUGAAGUUAUUUGCCAAAUUACACUUCAAUAAAGCCAUCUUGAAAACA